AUGGACUUUGCAGCUCCAGUCAACAGCGCAUUUACAAAGGCGUUGCCCAAGGUUGAGCUACACGCUCACCUGAGCGGCAGUAUCAGCCGUCAAUGCCUUCACGAAAUAUGGGAGCGAAAGAAAGCAAAAGAUCUCAGCUUCUCCAUUGAGGAUCCCUUAGUCCUAAUGCCUCCAGGCAAGGUCGACUAUACGCUCCAAACCUUUUUCCAAGUCUUCUCGAAGCUGAUAUACCAACUAUGCAACGACCUCGAAAGCCUCGCCUAUGCCGUAAAUUCUGUACUAGAAGACUUUCUGAAUGACGGAGUCCGCUAUCUAGAACUCCGAACAAUCCCCCGACCAUCCUCAGAAGCAAACAUAACCCGAGAAGGAUACCUAUCAACAAUCCUCAACACAAUCGACGCUUUCAAAGCCCGAACCCAACAAAUGUCCGUCUACCUUAUCCUCGCUCUAGACCGUGGAAAUACAACACCGACCGAAGCCAACGAAAUCAUCGACCUCGCAAUCGCCAACAAGACGCGCGGGGUUGUCGGCGUCGACCUCUGCGGGAACCCGACGCAGGGCGACGUCACCCUCUACGCGGACGUCUUCGCCCGCGCAAAGCUCCAUGGAUUGGGGCUUACGCUGCAUUUUGCCGAGACGCCUGCUUCUGGCACUCCCUAUGAGCUGGCCGCGUUGCUUUCUUUCCGGCCUGAUCGGCUUGGGCAUGUUAUUCAUGUUCCCGAGGAGGUUAAGCGGGAGAUUGCACGCCGGCGCCUUGGGCUGGAACUGUGCAUGUCUUGUAAUGUGCACGCGCGGUUGAUUGAGGGGGAUUUCUUGGAUCACCAUUUUGGGGAGUGGAGGCAUACAGAUUGUCCCAUUGCGUUGUGUACGGACGACGUGGGAUUUUUUUGUAGUCCUGUUUCAAACGAGUAUCUUCUCGCCGCACAGCACUUUGGGCUUGGUCGUGCUGGAUUACUGGAUAUCGCACAAAGGUCGAUACAGUCGAUUUUUGGAGGAGAGCAAGAAAAGGAAAGACUGAAGCUGAUAUUGGGUGAAUUUUCUCAGGGCCAAGUAGAAGUUCGCAGCUAG